UCCAUCUCCUUCAAUACUUGAAUUACGCAACAAUGCCGAAUGUUCUUGGAGACCAUAAUCAACACUUUAUAGAUAUUUCUAAAGAAGAUGAUUACCUACUUUCGUUUCAUUCCCUUCAAGAUGUUCAAGUUUCAGAUAAUUGCGCAUCGAGAAGGCGAAGUUUGUUGCGUAAAAGCUUCGGUUGGGAUAGCGCGUUGAUCACUAGUGAAGGUCUGUUGAAUCAUGAGGAGUUGGUUAAGGUUAAUAAAGGUUUCAAGAAAUUAAAUCCUACAACUCAAAACGAUGCUAAAAUAUCUACGAAAAUUGCUGGCGCAUUCAAAAAGAUGGAUAUCUGCUCUCGAAACAAGGAUACGGUGACAAGUCAUGUAAAGCUAUUUUCAUCUAGACAGACUAACAACAAUUCAGCUGUCGGAAGAUCAGAUAACGGUGUUAAAGUUGUUAAUAAAACCAGAAAGGCAAAAGAUUCCAAGAUGUCGUCGACCUGUUUUACAUCUCCUACAGUUCAAAAAAUCGUUCAUCGUCCGUACGAAUCACCUUAUACUGCUAAACGAUCAACCAAAAUUGUCAGCUGUAACUCAUGCAAGAAGAUUAACGUAUGCUCUCAAAAUAAGAAACAAGACACAGUGACGAGGCUUCCGAAGCUCCAGACUAACAACAAUGCAACUGUUGUUAAAACAGAAAAGAAAACCGAAAAGGUACACGAUUCCAAGAGGUCUCCAUCGUGUGGUCUUCCUAAACUAACCUGUUUUACAUCUCCUACACUUCAAAAAACCGUUAAUCAUUCGUAUGAACCGUCUUCUAGUAAGAAUUUAUCUAUCCGAGGGAAAGUCAAUCCCAAAAACACGACAUUGGUCAACUCUCCUACCUCGGUCCUCCGUUUUCCUUUGUCGCCUUCUAGCACGUCUCUUGCUAGCUUUGACGAAGGAGAAUCUUUAUCUUCAAGUGGACCAAAAAGAAACAUAAAAUCCUCAGGUCUUUGUACGCCAUCACCAACGAUCGGAUUCUUUGAUUCGAUUUCUAAAGAUAAUGCACACGGGGACGUUCAAUCCGAGCCAAGAAGACAAAGUUUGUUGCGUAAAAGCUUAGCAUGGGAUAGUGCCUUCUUCACUAGUGCAGGAUUGUUGAAUCCAGAAGAGUUGUGUAUGUUAAAUGAAGGUUUCAAGAAAUCGAAACCUACAAGUCCAAAAGAUACUAAAAGAUCAAAAGCCGCAACAAAAAUUGGUGGCAACCAAUCAAAUAGUGUGUGUAAGUAG